UCAUUACUGAGUGUUUGGCUGCAGGGAUUUAAGAGAGAAACAAGGUUCACAUCUAAAUCUCCUGCUAACGAGAUAAUCAAUAAAAUAGAAGAAGCAGCUAAGCCUCUUGGUUUUGAUGUUCACAAAAAAAAUUACAAGAUGAGGCUUGAAAAUAUGAAAGCUGGGAGAAAAGGAAACCUUAACGUGGCCACUGAGAUAUUUCAAGUAGCGCCUUCCCUUCAUAUGGUUGAGGUGCGAAAAGCCAAGGGGGACACUUUGGAGUUUCAUAAGUUCUACAAAAACCUAUCGACAUGCCUUGAUGAUGUGGUGUGGAAAACUGAGGAAGAUAUGCAAGAGAUGAAGUAGAGUUUGAAGAGUGGUGAUUAGUCCUUCCUCUGAUGAUGCUUACCUUGUUAAAUGUUCCAUAAAGGCAUCUAUAUCUUCAUUCUUUUUCUCCAAUUCCUUUCUUUUUUUUUUUUUUUUUUUUGGGGGAGGGACCAUUUUUCUUUUUGUGUUAGAUUAGAGAACAUGGAUUCACCAAUUGUUUUCCGUGUUAUUGUUGUUGGAAAGCGUGGAUGAUUCCAAUAGAGAUGGAGUUGUUUUUCUUAUUAUCCCGGAUCUCAAUAACGAGAAAUUGUUAUUAUAAACACUUGUAUAUAUAUUAUGUAUAUAUACUUUUUAUAUAUUUGUGGGAAUGGCCCUAUUUCAACUCA